GAGUCUACCUUGACGGCUACUGGCCGAUUUUACCGUACCCGUAUUUUUAACGUACUGGGGCGAGGCUGGUUUUCACUUUGGUACUUAAUUUUCCUGAAUUAGCAGGUCACGAAAAUUCGUUUUAUAAAAAAAUCCUUCUAAUUUUUAACCUUUAUCUCAAAAUCAGUACGGCAACUUAAAUUCAGAGGAACUUGAUGUUAUUUUAAAUUAUAGGGGCAACAUGUAUGGAGUCGAUUCACAAGUAAUUACUGACAUCUAAGGCGAAAAAUGUUACUUUGAUACGACAAUUUUGGGAAAUCUGUUCUGUCAUGUGAUCUUCAUGACAAUGACAUGCAUGGAGAUUUCAGAUAAGAACAAUCACGGGACAAGCCUAGCUGGGCCUUGGUGCUUUCAAAGUCAAAGAGCUUUUAGAAAUGUGACAGGUGUAAAACUCUAGUGAUGUGUGCAACUAUCUGGUUUUGUGUUAACUGGUUAUCUUUUUUAAGAGAUCCAAGACUUCAAUUCAAUCGGACUUCUCAUCACGGUCACCCAUUUUAUGUGAUUGUGAGUGAGCUGCUUGAGGUGGUAUAGUUGUCUUGGCAUUUCACAUCCAAUUCCUCAUUAAUUAACGUGCUGAUAAUCAAUAGGGAUGCAGGACAGUAUCAUUGGUGACAGGAUGGGAGACCUACAGUUCAGUGUAGUGCUAGAUAUUGUGCUAACAGGAGACACUAUGACAUAUGUUGAUACAAUUUACUUUGACGAACGAUUUUGAUGGAUACAUUGGCAAGUUUGAACAUUUUCUCGAUACGUAUAUCAUGUGAUUUUAUUUGAAGGAUUACACUACCCAGGAACUUACAAUGUUGUCGAUAGAAGCUGUAAAGGGCUUAGUUUUGUGUGCCCUUUUUAUUCUGACUUUCACAUUUAGUAUGAUACCCCUGAAAUUUGUUGCUCUAUCCACCAAUGCGGCGAUAGACCCUGAGAGGCGGCAGAAAUUCCAGCGCGCUGUGAGCUUUCUGAGUUGCUUUGCUGCUGGAGUCUUCCUUGGGACUUGCUUUAUGGAUCUGUUCCCAGAAGUCAAAGACAGGAUGGUGGAAGUUUUCUUUGUGUUGAAAAUCUACUCAACGUUUCCUAUUGCUGAGUUUCUGAUGAUUUUCGGAUUCUUCUUGAUUCUCAUAAUUGAACAGAUAUCGCUCUCUGUUAAGGAACGCCAUUUUGAGGAGAGUGAAGUUGGAAAACCAUUGCUCCGUAAAAGUCACAAACAAAAAACCUACCAAACUGUGAAUAUUGAUCACGCUUGUGAUGAAAACCACAUUCAUGAGUCGUUUCAGCAUUCAUAUUCUUCACAAAGAAGUUUUGAGGGAAUAAGUGAUCAACCAAUUAGUGCGGCACCAAGUUUUACAAACUCAUUGACAGGAGAGGAUGAUGAUAGCAUCGUGAUGGAUGGAGACCACUCAAUGCACGUUGAUCAAAGCUCUCACUCAACUGUUCGUUCAAUGAUUCUCGUGAUUGCUCUGUCACUUCAUUCUGUAUUCGAAGGAUUAGCGGUGGGAUUGCAACCAACUUCAGAAGAGGUGCUACAAAUUUUCAGUGCAUUAGUUCUCCAUAAGUGUAUUCUAGCCUUCAGUUUAGGUUUGAACUUGAUGCAGAGUAAAUUUGGACGUGGGGCUACAAUUAGAGCAAAUCUACUCUUUUCUAUCACAUCGCCUGUGGGCAUAGGGAUAGGGAUUGCCAUAGUGGACUUGUCAGAGUCAAUGUAUUCAAGUCUUGCAAAUGGACUUCUCCAAGGUAUUGCAUGUGGAACUUUCCUGUAUGUGACAUUUUUCGAAGUGCUUCCUCAUGAGUUCAAUAACAGCGAUAAUAGGUUGUUGAAGUUAUUCUUCCUCAUUUUAGGUUAUUCUACCAUUGUUGCUAUUCAGUUUAUACAUCCUGAAACUUACAGACCUCCUUGUUUUAAAGCGCCAACAAAACCAUGAUCUCUGUAAAAAUUAUAACUCCACUUAGCUAAAGCUGUAGUGUAUUCUCACGAGCCACAUCUCCACAUCAAACAAUAGAUGGCAUUUUCUCAAGCCAAGUCAGAGGCAUAUGAUAUAUAUGUGAAAUAUUGGAAAUCGUGCAAUAAUCAAAUAAUCUAGAUACUUAAAUAUACAUUUAUGAAAAUAAAAACAUUUGCAUCUGGUGAUUUCAUGUAUGAAUAAAGGGCAGCCCCUGGAUACACACACCUGUAUAAAAAAGAAAAUAAGUUUUUGACUACUCAAGAUUUGAACCAGCUACCAGAUGCACCUAUCUUUAAAAAUUUUGUGUGGGACAAUUUUAAGGGACUUUUUCCAGUUAUCAUGUGCUUUAUUCAUGUUGUGAUUGAUUGUACUGGGCAAACAUAAUCUAUCACGCUGUCAUGACCAGUAAGUAUAUUAUGUGACCUUUAGAGACAAUGAUUGGCUCAGCCCACUCCAUCAAAUACCAAAAUUAUACCUCUAUCUAUUCUAAGUCUAAAGUCCUACUGUUAUAUGGCCUGCAUUAAUUGUUUCCUGACCAGGAAAUCUCACAUUGUUAGGAUAAAACAAGCAUGCAUCUGAUAUGAUAAUCCAAAUGUGUCAAAAUAAAUGCUGUACAUUACCCACCAAUGAUAGAUAUGCAAUUUUAACCAUUUCACUACGACGAACCAUCAUUUCAGUUAAGAGCAUCAUGGCUCUUGCAACAAUGGACCAAAAUAACGGUCCAAUGAUGUCAUUAGGCAAUGUAUUACGUUGCAUUGCGAAAACCAUGAGUCAUAACUUCAUUGCCACGAACAUGGCGAAUGAUGCCAUAGAAAGCCACAGCAAAUGGUGUACACUGUAACGGCAUGGAACGUCCUGUUUUGAAGUGGUGUUAAGGCCUAUGGCUUUCAGUUUUCAUGUUCAUUGCAUUUUCUUCCAGAAGUUAGUGCUGGGCUGGCAACUGACGGAGUUUCUACGUGGAGCGUGAUUCCAAAAAUGCAUCAGAAAAUGUUCAAAAACUUGCUACAAGUUGAUGAUGUGAAGUUAACUGUACAAUAAUACAUGUAAUAUGUCAAACUCUCAUGAUUCAUAUUCAUACUCUGAUGAGGGCCAUUAAAUGUCCACUUUCGAAUUUGAUGAACUCAUAAUUUCUACUUGCGUGUAUCCAUGCGGAUGUUGUGAGAAAAUAAUUCCCCUAAUUGUUAUAGUGAGUCCCAUGUAAUAAGAAUCAUACAGUUACAGGUCAAGUGCUGUGGAAUGUCAUUACAAGUAAAGUAGGACCUCACGUAAUGGACACCUCUGUAAUCAGGACAUACUCUCUACUACAUGUAUUAGGGACAGUGAUUUUGGCAUCAUUUCAAUGCAAUUUAAUCUCUGUGUUCCGGACACCUCUCCGUCAAGGGCAGCAUUGGUCAGUCCCAAGGGUGUCCUUAAGUGAGAGGUUCUACUGUGCGUACUACUUGCAAGUCAGUAUGAAAAUGAAAUAUUCACAUACAAAAGGGAACCAGAGCUCGACUUCUAUACAUACUGUUAUUCAAGAAAUUAACUGUCAUAUUCUCAUCCUUAAAAGUAUUGUGAUAUAAAUAUAUUAUGAACAAUUUAACUGUAGAAUGGGAGAAGAGGGGACACCAACCACCAAAAUGGAGACAUUAUUAAAUGGUACAUGUACAAGCCAGAAACUUGCAGUUGUAUUCAGGCCUAUGGGUAACUUUCAUAUAUCGCAAAAAACCAUUAUGUAUUUUCUUCCAUUCAAAAUCUGUGCCAUUAAUCAAUGCCAGCGGAUCUUUAGUGAAGUAUGUCUAAAUCAGUGUCCAAGGGCAAUGGUGUAUAGAGUAAGGUGGACGGAUUUUCCAUCCCCUGUUUUAUAAUUCUAGACUGACAAUUUUUCAUUGUACAUGUAUUUUACUUCGUGUAUUAUUUUAGAUAUUUUUGUCAUAUUCUCUUAACACAGUUCAUCUCAAUUGAAAUUGACUAUUAAAGUGAUAUAUUGUU